UGGACGGAGAGGAGCGUCUGGUCUGCAGGGGGAAUGUACAGAGAAACCACCCUUUCCUCUUCUCUAUCCCAGUGCGUAUUUCCCCACCGUUUUGUGUUUUAUUUGCUCACAUGAGGGGCAGAAGACGAGAAGGAAGGUGGUACAGCUCGGGCUUCACUCUGUCACUCUGCUUAAGUGGAUGUCUCUGCACAGAAGGAUCGUGUUAUCUUUUCUUUUGGAAGGCAGACAUUUGCAACCGCUGUUUAGUGGAGCCGCAAACUUUUUUCCUGCCUAAAGAUAAAUAAUUUAAAAGCUUGGAUCCCUGGCUACCCCCUUCUUCAAACAAUUUUUAGAUGAUGUCAUUGCACUGCGUUUUUUGGCCAGAGCUUCAGGAGACCCACAGCCGGGCAGAGAGCGCGGUGAACUCCGGAAAAUCAGGUGCAGAGCCACUGUGCUGAGUCCCGCGGGUGGAUUGAUCUGCCACGCGCAUCUGCCUUCUUGCUCUCCUUCCAUCAUCUGAGCUGGACCAGACCAUACCCUGCGCCGACUCCAGCACUUCCUCUUCUUCUUAUUGGACCCCUCGCAGCCAUGACCAGGGCUGACUGGAGGCGCUUGAAGUGCCCCGCGCCACGCGCAAAUCUUUAUCGCACCGGCCCGUCAGUCCGAGUCCCUCUUCACAUCUCUGCGUGUCCAUGCCCAUCAACGGAACUCUUGUGUCAUGUUUGUUCCGGAUGCUUUCACAUUUAAAAAAGACCACAAGACCGUUGAGAAAGUGAUUGUGAGAAUUGUAACGUAUUUGGAAGCCUGGUUUCAUUUCGCGCGCUUUCCCCUUGGGUGAUCCUGGGACCGGAAGUGGAGCGAGGACGCCCGGUAAACUUGGCUUCACCUGUUACCCGUAACCAUUAGAGAAUACCAGCUGUUAUGGCCUAACCCCCCACUCCUGCUCUCCUCCUCCCAUCAGUUCUGCCCCGCCCCCGAGCCGUUACCAAGCGCGCAAGCAACAGCCGCCGUUACAGCCGCUCCCGGUGGCACGCUCUCCGCGCACUCCUCAUUGUCACCACGCACACGGGCGCGCGCGCGCGUACGCACGCCCACACACACACACACACGCAUACACACGCCCGCACACACCUCCUUCCAAGGAGGAAGCUAUGCGCGCCGCCCGGUGCCGGCGGGAGCGUCCGCUGACCUUGUGACCUUUCCGUCGGGAUUGGAACGUGAACUUUGGCGGACCUGAAGGCGACCCGGCGUUCAUUUGCUUUCCAAGACGCACGGAGCGACUCGGCUGGACGCAGGGAGCGAUGCGGUCCUUCCUCUCUACCCUGGCUGUCUUGUGUAUCCAGAUGAUGCUGGUGAUGUGCAAUCCUCUGCAGGUGUUUGGAGUUGAUGGCGUGAACUUCAGCAUGCACGUGGAGAAUCAGACUCGUGCACGAGACCCCAUGAGCCGAAGACAGCCUCGAGUCUACCAGCUUUACAGUCGCACCAGCUGCAAACAUGUCCAAGUGCUCGGCCGCAGAAUCAGCGCCCGCGGGGAGGACGGAGACAAAUUCGCCCAGCUUGUAGUGGAGGCAGACACAUUCGGCAGCCAGGUGCGAAUCAGGGGGAAGGAGACCAACUACUACCUGUGUAUGAACCGCAGGGGCAAACUCGUAGGCAAGAAGGCCAGUAAUCGCAGUGAAGACUGUGUCUUUAUUGAAAUGGUGCUUGAGAACAACUACACAGCAUUAAUGUCAGCACGUUACAAAGACUGGUACGUGGGCUUCACCAAGAGGGGGCGCCCUCGUCGUGGCCCUCAGACUCUUUUAAACCAGCAAGACGUUCAUUUCAUGAAGCGCCUUCCUCCAGGGGAACAGCCAGACCACACACCGUUUCGUUUCACCACUGUCAGCAAGAGGAGCAAAAGAAUCCGUGCUGCACGACCACGCUAACUUAUGCUUCACUAAAGCUUAAAACCCACUGUUUCUUUAAGGGACAAUGUUAACAUUUAAAUCAGGGCCUCACAACAAAAGACAGCCCUAGGCUACAUCCCAGUAAAUGGGACCAUGAUAACAUUUAAAUCAGGACCUGCUAAGAAAAAAAGAGACUAAUGGGAUAAUGUCAAUGCUAAUAGGACCUGAUGUGGAUGAAAAGUCCAACCCCAGUUUACUGGCUAAAUGUGGACCGCUUUUCUUUUGAAGAUUAAGCUAAUUGUACUGUAACAUUCUGCAAACAGGAUCCAAACUGGACCAGCUAUUUUACCAAAAAUGUGCUAUUCCCCACCAGAGCCUUGACUUGGCGCUGGCAUGCUAAACCAAGCCCAAACAUGAUGUUUGCGAUGGGUGGUAGUCAUUUUUUUAUAGACUAAAGAAAAGAAGCAGAAAUACUGACAACUAACAACCCUCAACACAGCAUGGGGGACACCUGACUGAAAAGUCAACUAACCAAACUUUCAUAAAGACAGCACACAUAAAAGGCUUCACUCAGGAUUCCCAGAGCAAGAUUCACACAAAUGUGACUGUAAGAGAAGACUGAAUCUUCUGGAAUCAUUUAGAGGGGUGUAAGAUUUAAAUUGAGAAAUUAUAAAAAAAAUAAAUAAAUAAAAAAAAGACUCAGGAGUGAAAUAUAGGAGAGACUACAUUUGAAAUCUCUCCUUCUUCCCCUGCCUGCAAGAUAGUAUGAACUUAAGACUGUGUGCAUGUUUGUAUGCAAUUAUGUGUGUGUGUGUGUGUGUGUGUGCGUGCGUGUGUGCGUGCGUGCGAGUGUUUAUCUGAAAAAAGUUCAGGUUGCACCAAAGACCACAUUGGAUGCUCCCACUAGUGACGUUGCGGAGUACAUCUGCGUAGGUAACCUUAAGGAAAAAAGAGCUUGCAUUUGUCUGGAAGAACCUACUAAAACUGGAAUGUAAUAAUAAUAAUAGUAAUAAUAAUAAUAAUAAGACCAAGAACGUCCUUAGAAAGCUGCACCAAAAUGAAUUAAUGACCAAAGAGAACUGGAGCCUAGUGAUGAAAAUGACAAUACCCCACACCCUAAAACUUUUCAAUCCAGCAGCCUAUCAGGGUGCAGGAUUUAGCAUUGGGACAGAAAAGGGGCUGAGACUUUCCUCUAUAUCCCUUUUGCUUUUAAGAUGACACAAGGAGCAAUGUUCCUGUUUGGAUUCCAACUGGAAUGCUGCUAAUGGACAAGUCAGACAAAGUACCAAAGUCAUAUAUGUUAUUGUUAAAAGAAAGAAAAACAAGCAUUACAAUAAAUAAAACUAUAUAUUUGUAAAUAGUGAAAGCUAAAUAAGUGAUAUUACAAUGACUGCUACUAUAUUUGUUGUUACUAUAAAGUUUAUUUCACUUAUUUA